AUGUAUCCAAAUAAUUUGAAUGAUAUCAUCUUGAAAUGCCUUUCUGAUGACGAAAUUAUUCGCUCCAACGCAUAUGCACAGCUAUGUCAUCUAGAAAAUGAGUCCAAUUUUGCAUACCAGCUUUUUCAACUAUAUAUAAACUCCUCUGAUUACAUAAAACAAGUGGCAUUGUUGGCCUGUAUCAAUGCCUUGUCUAGAAACAUUUACAAAUCUGAUCUCUCUGGCUUCAAGAGUAACCUUCCCAAUCUUAUCUUCAAAUUUAAUAUCACUAGACAUAAUUUAGCAGAAGCAAAACACUUGAGUGUGCUUAUGCGUAAAAUUGUACGGUAUGAAUACCCACAAAAGUGGCCAGAACUCUUAAAUUUGCAAAUUGAAUCAUUGCAGAAUGUAAGCAAUAUGUUAAACAACGUUGAGGAAACUUGUAAUUCGAUAAUUUGCAAUUUGAGCUCUGUAAAAACUUGUGUUUUUCUGUCCAAUUACGUGAUCAAGGAACAAGUGUCCAAAAGAUUACUUCGUGACCGUAAUGAAAUGUACAAAAUUACCCAAGCUUUAUUCCCAUUGGUCAGCGGCAUUUGGUACAAGUUUAAUGAUCAUCUAUCACAAAUAUCAAUCGCUGCACAAAAUAAUUAUGGAGAUAAUGCCAAUUUGGAACUGAUUAAUUCAAUGUAUCAGACAUCAUCAUUGAUGGAUUCAUUGCUGCUGCGGUUGCUAUACUAUGGGAAAAGGACGCCUUACUUGGAUGGAACUAUCAUCACACUAAUAUCCGCUAUUUUAAACAAGACAAUUAACCUGUUUAAAUUAAAAUUCCAAUGCGAAUUUUUGUACAAAAACAUACAAAAGUUGCUAAAAUUCAUAACCCAUCUUAUUGAACAUGAGCCACUAUUAUUUGCAUUGAUAGACUUGGAUACUUUUUUAUUUUCAUUGGUGAAUUAUUUGACAGUAAUAAAUGGUAGUGACUAUUACGAGCAUACUUCCACAAUAAAUAAUGGAUUAGCACUUAUUAAUGGCAUUUUUGGCUCAUUUGUCUUCAACCAAGAGCCUACUGGUCACGAUUUUAUCGUCAACAUUGAAGACAUAAACCCUUCCGUUUAUAGUGAUUCUAUAAAAAUACUUAAGAAUCAAUGCAGCCUACGCUUGCAGCUCCAUUUUCGAAAUGGAGGAUUAACAAAGUAUAUAUUGUGGUUACUAAACAAUUUUAUCAUACUUAAGGAGAGAGACUUGGAGGUUUGGAAUAAUGAAAUGUCGGAAUCAUUUAGCUCACUCGAUUAUUUGCCACAAUCCAUAAUAUCCAACAAUGCUGCUUCAAUCAUUACUUCAAUUUGUUCGUUCAAACAAAAUGUGUGCCAUGUUACCAAUAUUGUUGCGAGUGAAAUUGCUAAAUGUUCAUUAGAUAAUCAUUUACAUCUGGAAGCGAUCUUACAUUUGAUCAGUUCAUCGGUUAAGAUGAUCGCCAAACAUUUUGAACACCAUAAAAUGUUGGAUAUACUACAGCAAAUAUUGCUAAAUGAAACCCCAUUGUAUUUGAAGCUCCGAUCAUUAAACGUACUGAACAAUAUAGUAAAGAAUUACAUCUAUUCAGAAGAGCAAGGGCUAGUAGUAUUAAAUAUCCUAAUCCUCUGCCUAAGCUAUAGUGGACCAAUGCAUCAGGUGGUAAGAAUUGCAUGUUUGUCUCCAGUGUAUAAUUUCUAUGUCAAGACCAACGAAUGUUAUUACUGGCAAGCAAUAGAUGCUAGCGGCAUGGAUCCCUCCAGUAGAAUCAUCCAAUUGGUAAUGAAUCUAUUUACUACCGUUACAUAUCCCAUGGUUCGAACUAAAUGCAUGAACCUAGUUUGUAAAUUAGCUACUGAAUUGGAUGUGUACAAUAGUGAUUCUUCUACCUAUCAAUUUGCGAAUUUGUUAGAGAACAUUUUGGACAUUUAUAAGCAAAGUAAUUGGGAGGUGAGGGAAUCUAUUCUACACCUAUCUCUAUCAUUGAUUAAUUCAUUCGAUUCUUAUAAAUGUUACAUAUCCAGUAUGAAUAAUCUCUGGAUAUAUAAAUUCGUGGUGGAGGUUGUUCUGAAUACGAUGGAUUUCACUAUGAGCGUUGGGAAUAGAUUUAUCAAGCAUGCAGAAUAUCAAGAAUUAUUCCACUCUGUUUGGGUCUCUUUACUGCGUAUUUUGCCCAAUAAACUAGUAAAUAUUGAUUUUAUUGUGAUUGAUAAAAUAUUUUCGGUGUUCGAUAAAAUUAUCACUAAGAACUAUGAUUUUGUAAAUCAGCCAUCUCAUUUUCAUGAUGUGGUGCUUGAGUACUUAUCGCUAACGGUAUGUCUAUUUGAAGAAUGUGCCCUAAACCCAAAUAAUCAAAUAACAAUGGUGGCCCAAAGAAUACAAUUGUCACAUCUAUUUAGUCUCAUUGUGAAGCUAGUAUCCAACAACAUAUUGGUCAAUAAAUUAUUAGUACUGGUAUAUUUUAUGCCAAGCUGCGAAUUAACUGAGUUUCACCAAUUUCCCCAGCAAUUAAUAGUCAAUUUAUGGCGUGAUAUGUAUACAACCGACCGCUAUACUACCACAAUCAAUGCUGAUAGUUGUUCUACAAUGGAAUUGUUCUUGCCUCCCAUCGUGUCCUAUUACAAUCGCUCACCAGAUAUUUUUGACAAAUUUCUGGCUAAUAUUGUAAGUGGAAUGGGUAAUCCAAAGGAGAGAUUAGUAUGCUUACUGAAUUUUAUUGAGAAGGAGAGAUCACGAGAUACUAGGUUGUAUGGAUGUUUGAUAGCACAGAAGAUUACCAAAAUUAUAGCCAAAAUAUAUCCUACACUUGUAGAUCAUCAACAAAUUAUAGCCAAACUUGGCGAAUCUGUAAAGAUUUUGAUGGGUAUGUACAAAGAGUGUGAGGGUGCGGGUAAAACAUUUAUAUCAAAACAGUGUACCUACUCUAUCGGCAAUAGAACAUCCAGGAGCGAUAUCGAUGAUAUUAAAAUGCCAAUAUCCUACAGAGUACACAACCUAAUGGAUAGGUUAUAUAUUAACAUCAUGGAAAAAGUCAUUUAA